UGGACAGAGUGCGCGAUUUAGUCGCCAUCUGGUGAUAUAUUUAAUAAUUAAAGGGAUUACAUCUAUAAGAAGAAAAAAUUACUUGUCUAAUUCUAAUUACAAGUAUAAAACGGCUUAAAAGUAGAUCGAACAAUGCGAAACAUGGCGACAAAAAAAAAAUAAUCCGGGUCAUCGGCCGAACAUAAGGAAACGCAUUCUAUGGAAUACUUUAUCGGUUUCCGGGAGGAAACAUCCCGCCUGACAUCGGGAUUUCCGAUUUGAAUUUUUAUUGGCCAGGACGCGAUGUCUUUUAGCAAAUUUGGUUAACACAGAAUUACAAAAACACAAGAAAGUCUGCCAGACGAGGUGCAGAAAACGAAGGAUGCGGAAGAUCGGCGAUGCCCACGAAACGCGAAACGAGAUUGUCUUUGGCAGAAACUUUCUAAGGGAAUCUGGUCCCUAUUUAGGAUAUAAACGCGUGAAUAAAAUCCGGAAAACUGCACGUCGGUGGGGUGCAAUCGGAUACAAAAAUAUUACGAAGAGAUUAAAUUUGAAUAAUUUACAAAAUUAUUAAAUUUCGGCCGAAACUGGAUAAUUUUUUAAAAUUACGCUUGUAAAUCCAAAAUCAUCACCGAAAAAAGGGGAUUUUCGAUAGAAAUCCCGUCUCGAUGUAACAUCCGUCUUUCCGACCGGAUCCGCUUAAUGAUAUUGCAUAAGCGUUGCAAUAUCAUUAAGCGUUAAAGAGAAAAAGAAAGUUUUCUGUCGGUGUUUAUCGAUUUAACGACAUAACCACUUACCACCCCGUUAUAAAGAGUUAAACGAACGGCCAUGUCGGUGGAGCGUCGACGGAUCUCCCUCCGGAAUGCCAGGGAAAUAAAAGUGAAAAACCUGUUGAACCUGCUGUUGUGUAUCGCUUUGGCUCAGUGUUGCACCGAGUUCUUGAGCAGAUGGAAGAAUGUCCCGUGUCCCAGGUUUGUUCUACGGGACACCAGAACCGAUUGUCUUCUAGGCGAAAACGUUUUUGUCGCUGUUAGCGUCGACUAUCUUUUCAUCGAUUGCUACGGAGCGGAUCCGGAUCGUCGGAUCUUCCGGUGUUUGCAACAAACAGAAGACCUUAAUUUAGUAAUGCGCAAUUGUUAUUCCCGAAAUUUUAGUUUGAGUGAAUUUUUAUCUGGACUCGUCAUACGCAAUUUGCAAAUUGCAUUUACCACAAUCGAACCGAAUUAUCAAAGUUUGCACUUUGAAAAGCUGCCAUUUGUCAGAAACGUAUCCCUGUCCGGAAUAAAAACCGCAGGAACAUUCGACCUGACGUUCGAUUUCCAACCCGUCAUCUACUCGCUACAAAUUUUCGAAUAUAAUUUCACCUCCUUUCACCAGCCACCAUUUAAAAAUCUGACAAAUCUGCCAAUUCUGAAAAUAGUAUAUGGAAAUCUACAGCGUGUUCAAGUGGAGCUACUCCAAGAGUUGAGAAAUCUCAGAAUACUAACCUUGUACAAUAACAGAUUAAGAGACAUUCCACGUGGAUUCUUUAAAAAUCUCACAUUGUUAACAUAUUUAGAUUUAUCCGAUAAUCAAAUCGAGAACUUCUGGGAAGAUAUCUUUUCCGAUCUCUUCAGCCUAGAAAUACUUCGGAUCAAAAACAAUAAACUGACGGUUCUUCCGGAAAAUUUGCUCUCCUCCCUCACUCAGUUAAUCGGUCUCGAAAUAAGUGGAAAUACAGAAAUAAAAAACUUACCCAAAGGAUUCUUAAGAGGCUUGACACGCUUAGAACUAUUUUGGGCAUCCGGAUGCUCUUUGGAACGUCUGGAGGAAUCUUUAUUUUCAGACACCACCUCCUUGAUAGACUUCUUCGUAGAUUUUAAUAACAUUACACUUCUACCGGAAGCACUGUUUAAUAACACGGAACAUUUGAGUCGUUUGUUUAUGACUGGAAAUAAAUUAUCGACUUUGCCACCGCGUGUAUUUUCUAACUUAAAGAGAAUCGGAUCAUUAGACUUAUCGUACAACAGACUGAACAGUUUACAUAAAGAUAUCUUCAAGCGCUUAUCAACACUGGCAAUAUUGCGGUUAUCCGAUAACGAUUUGUCCUCCUUGCACGAAGAUACACUUCUACCUCUUUUGAAUUUGAGGAUCAUCGAUCUAUCGAAUAACAACUUCGAACGUUUACCCGCAAAAUAUCCUUUUGGUUCUAGCAAUUAUUUGCAAAGUGUAAACAUCAGCAACUCGAAUCUGAGGACUUUUCCUAAUAUUGAUUGGUCGAAUAACAACCUGACUGAAAUCGAUCUAUCCCACAAUCAAUUUCGGCAAGUCACUCUACCCGUGUUUACCAAGAAACGUACCAAAAUAUUGCUCAACGACAACAAUAUCUCCACUAUCUACAUCGAUUAUAAACAGUAUUCUAACAGUUAUCCCGUGUAUAAUGUCACAGGAAAUGUCAUCGAGUGCGACUGUCGAAUCAGACAAUUCUUGCGAUUUCUUCACUCUGACGAAAACGCCGUCCGCAUUUUUCCAGAUUCCAGUAUCCUGAGAUGCAAUGGACGUUCCGAAAGGAAACUUACAGAAAUUUGGCCAAUUUACAGUGUCUGUCCGCGGAAAGAGGGAUGUCCUUCGUUUUGCGAUUGUUACCUGACACUAGAAAGACGAACUGCAAUCGAUUGUUCUCGUAGAAAUUUGUCUAAUUCACCCGCGAAUCUUCCUACAAAUGCAACAUUCGUCUUUCUGAACGACAACCACAUUGCCAAUUUGUCCGAAGUGGACGGGACUACGUGGAAAAACGUCACCCAUCUCUAUCUUAGUAACAAUUCUCUGACGUCACUGAACGAUUGGGUCGUUCCGGAAAAUCUCCGCUAUUUGGCUCUGGAUGGAAACAAGUUGUCGGAUUUGCCCCCUUCUGUGAUGAAGCGCGUGGAAGAUUCGUCGAACUUCAGCAUCUUUCUUUCCAAAAACGAGUGGAAAUGCGAUUGUCACUCUGUCCGUUUCAAGAAGUGGUUUACGCGAAAUUUGCUUAAGAUCCGCGAUUCCGAGAACGUAACCUGUCAAAGAGUCAAUAGAGUUAACAACUCCGUAACACACGAACUAAUUGAAAGUAUACCGCUGGACGUGUUCUGUCUAAAGGAACCCGUGUGGCCAUUAUGGCAAAUAAUCGUUCUUACAGUUUCGGUAGCGUUGGUAUUGACGUCAUCAGUUCUCGUAGUUGUCUGUUACCAUUACAGACUCGCUAUAUUGGCCUUUCUGUACAGUCGAGGCGUGUACUUGCCCUGUUGCUACAGGGUCCUCGACGAGGAGGAAAACAAGUACGACGCUUUUGUGUGUUAUAAUAGUUCCGAUUCUGUCUUAACCAUGGAGAUGGUGGAUCGACUGGAACCCACUUAUCGCCUUUGUAUUCACGAACGUGAUUGGUUGGCGGGUAGCCCUAUUAGCGAGAACAUCGUGCAUUCUGUACUUAACAGUAGAAGGACGGUGAUAUUGUUGUCUCGACAGUUCCUGGACAGCAUGUGGUUCAGUGUGGAGUUUCGUGUGGCUUACAACAGGAUGAUGGAAGACCAAGCUUAUCGUUUGGUUUUGGUUUUGGUGGAAGAAUUGGAGAAUUGGAAGGAGCUGGAGGACGAUCUUCGUCGUUUGCUUUCGACGAGAACUUACUUGAAGUGGGGAGAGAAAUGGUUCUGGGAAAAGUUGAAAUAUAUUCUUCGCAAACAAUACGUUAAUGCGCCUCUAUUGGCAUUUAUCAGAAUUAAGAUGCAAUUCGAAACGUCCGUCGGCAGGUUGAAGCAUCCGGAGGCGCCCGAAAGCCAAAUGAUGCAGAAAAUCUUCUUGGUUCAAUUGGUGUUCCUUUGCACGGCAGUACAGGGGUGGUUCUUCGUCAGCGACCGAUUUGGUUUCAUUACUCAAAGAGUGAAUCGAAGGGUAGAAUGCGGAUCGAACGUUACUUCUUACAUCAGCGACUACGACAGUGCCAUUCACGUGGUGUGUCGAGGAAACACUUUCGACGCCGAACAGAUUCGUGUGUGCACUAAUUUUACUCACUUCGCUUCCGUGGUGUUAAGAGAAUGCCUCCUUCCCUCUUCCGACGUCGGAACUUCCCUGGGAGAUAAAAGUGUUCGGCAUUUCUUUUUGAUUUCCGAAGACGUUCCACCGAAUUCGCGUGUCACCAUCAAGAACCUACCGAAUCUCCGCCACAUCACUUUAUACUAUAUGCAAAACGUCACGUACACUUUACUGGAGUUACGCAACGUAGAAAGAAUCAAUGUGUUGCGCGUGAUGACGGAAAAAUUUCCGAAGGCAUUACUCAACGGUCUUCCCUCGUUAAAACAAAUUUACGUAGUCUUAGGAAGAAUAAGAAGUUUUCCAGAAGAUGCAUUUCGUGGUUUGAGUAGACUCAAAUCUUUAUACCUCUUCGACAAUCGUUUAGAGGAUCUUCCGGAAACUCUUUUCUACGAAUUGAAAUCUCUAGAGGAACUUAAUUUAUCCAGAAACUUGCUUACCGUUCUUCCUCCCGCUAUAUUUAGAGGCUUGACGAGUCUUAAAAAGCUGUUUUUGAACGAUAAUCGCUUAAAUACUCUUCCCCCUUCCUUGUUUGCAGAUAAUUUUAAUUUGGUCGUUCUGAACAUGGACAGCAACAGCUUCGGUUCUCUACCGGAAAUGCUAUUGCAAAACGUCUCGCAAUUACUGUCUUUCUUUGCUUGCGACUGCAAUAUCAGUGAAUUGCCACCGAAGAUAUUUUCCUCUUGUUAUGACUUAUACAAAGUUCGAAUAUGCGGAAAUCGAAUCGAUCGUUUACACCCUGAUUUGUUUGAAAAUAACCCGUAUAUUGAACAAAUAGAUUUACACAACAACCGAUUGCACGAAUUACCUUCCACCGUGUUCAGUAGAAACACACGGCUGUCGAAACUGGAUUUAAGCAAUAAUCUUCUGACCAAAAUUCCAUUCGAAGUGUUUGACGACAUUCAAAAUAUUGAAGUAUUGUCUUUAACGGGAAACAGAAUAACGAAGAUAGAAGAGGGAAAGUUUGAAAUUUUGAAGAAUCUGAAAGUAUUGUAUCUGGAUGAAAAUCCUCUGGGCUCUUUACCGAGUCCGAGACCGUUCGGAAGAUUGCCCAGUUUGACAGAAUUGGCGCUUUCCAACGCCUCCUUCACAGAGUUUCCCCGAAUCGACUGGACUGCGUAUAACAUCGCGCGGCUCAGUUUGACACAAAAUCGUCUGUCGAUUCUUCGCACCGAAGACCUCCCUCCGGAUAAUCACUCUGUAAUUUUAUUGAUGGACAAUGACAUCACCACAGUCGCGGGAAAAAUUACCAGGAAUAUGAAUAACGUCACUCUCUUUGGAAACCCCUUCCGGUGUGACUGCGCUUUGAGGAAUUUCGUCGAAGAAGUUCAGUUUUUGGAAAACUGUCGAUCGCUGCUCUGCGAUUCUCCUUCUGACUUAAGGAACAAGACUUUCCAGGAAUUGAUUCCUUCCUACGUGGUGUGUCCCAUUGUAGAACAUUGCCCACCGAAGUGCCGCUGUUACUUAUAUAAAGGCUUUUCGGUGAUAGUAAAUUGUUCCUUCUCCAAUAUUUCCCACGCUCCUGCAAUACUUCCCGAAAACACCACAAUCGUUCACCUGGAACACAACUCUCUUUCCGCAAUAAAAAUUACAGACAGUUGGUCUGGAGUGGAUGAACUGUACUUGGAUUACAAUCGUUUAAAUCCCUCCGAGCAUUGGAGAUUUCCUUCUUCGUUGAAAUUUCUCACUCUUCGAUACAAUAGUCUACAAGAUUUUCCUGCAAAAUUUUUGCAAUACGUAAGUGAUUCUUCUUACAUUCGAGUGGAUAUUAGAAACAACGCAUUUUGGUGCAAUUGUUCUUUCAAACCCUUUAAAUUGUGGUUGAAUCGCAACGUUCAUAAGAUAGUGGAAGCCGAAGAGGUAAAGUGCAGUAGAUUGUUGUCGGAGAACAACACCGUUGUCGUGCCUUCCAUAUUGAAUUUUCCGGAUGAUGCGUUUUGUUUGCCUCCUUCGAUGGUAACGAACGUUCCUAUAAUCGUUUCCGGUUUCGUUGUCUGUCUGUUAGGAAUAUUAACAAUGGUGUUCGCUUUCUUCUUUCUGAAGUACAGAAACACCAUCUUGGCUUACGUGUACGUGCAUUUUCCUUUGUUGUACUGCUGCAAGAUUUCCGAACUGGACAAAGAUAAAGCGUUCGAUGCCUUCAUUUCUUAUUCCGGCAUUGACAGAGACAUCAUCAUGUGUUUGUUGGAAGAACUGGAAGAUAAUGCCCCAUUCUUUAAGCUGUGCAUCCAUGAGCGCGAUUGGAUACCCGGUUAUGACGUAAUAUGUCAGAUAGAAGCUUCGAUUAGAAACAGCAAGAAGACGAUAUUGCUCCUGUCCGAAGAAUUUCUGAACAGCGUGUGGUGUCAAGCGGAGUUUCAAGCGGCCUUGGUACAGUCCUUGGAGGAUAAGAUGGAAAGGAUAAUUUUCGUAUUGAAGGAUACUUCGGUGUGCGACGUAGUUCCCGCGGAUAUGCGCGAGUUGCUACUUAGCAGGACCUACCUGGUGUGGGGCGAAAGGUGGUUUUGGGAGAAGUUGAGAUACGCCUUACCUCGUUACUCGACUGAUAAACCGUUACAUCAUCGAGUUCACGAUGUAGAUAGAAUGAUCGCGGAAUUAAGAAGCGAAAGUGUACUUUGAUUUGUGAUAUUAUAUUUAUUUAUA